AUGCUCUCUUCAAGAGGGAGACCACCCCCCCCACCUCCAGUACCACCUCCGAGGCUUCAAGCACCUUCCUUUCCACCACUAUCCGCUCCUGAGCUUGGUUACCAAACCCAACUACCUCCUCCACCUUUGUGUCCUCCUUCUAGGGUCAAUAACUGUGCUCCAUCUCAAUCUCGACCACCUCCUCCUCCACCACCUCCGCCUCCCUUUAAAGUAGUACAUGGGGUUGCUUUGUCUCCAUCUCCUCCACCUCUACAACAUCCGCCACCUCCUCCACCUCCACCUCCUUUUAGACCACACGAUGGUCCUCCAUCUCCAGCUUCUUCUUCACCACCACCACCUCUUCCUCCCUUAAGGGUGAAUGGCUGUAUCCCAUCUCGAUCUCCACCACCCCCUCCCCCUCCUCUACCUCCUUUUAAAGCACAAGGGGGUGCUCUGUCUCCUCCACCUCCACCACCUCCACCACCUCCUUUUAAGGCACCUGGGAUUGCUCUGUCUUCUUCUCUAUCUGCAUCGCCAUCUCCACCACCUCCACCUCCGCCUCCACCUCCACCUUUUAGAGUGCAUGGGGCUGCUCUGUAUUCAUCUUCAUCUCCAUGUUCCCCAUCUCCACCACCUCCACCACCUCCACCACCUCUUACUAGAGUACAUGGAGAUGCUCACUCUCAAUCUCCUCUAUCUCCAUCUUCACCACCUCCUCCGCCUCCACCUCCACCUCCACCUCCACCUGCUAGAGGGAUUGGUGCUCCACCUCCGCCACCACCACCACCUCCUCCAUCACCACCUCCUAGAGGGAUUGGCACUCCAUCUCCGCCACCACCUCCGCCACCACCUCCACCACCUCCUAGAGGGAUUGGUGCUCCACCUCCACCACAACCUCCACCUCCUCCACCACCACCUCCAAGAGGGAUUGGUGCUCCACCUCCACCACAACCUCCACCUCCUCCACCACCACCUCCAAGAGGGAUUGGUGCUCCACCUCCGCCACCACCUCCACCUCCUCCACCACCACCUCCUAGAGGGAUUGGUGCUCCACCUCCACCACAACCUCCACCUCCUCCACCACCACCUCCCUCCACCUCCGCCACCACCUCCAAGAGGGAUUGGUGCUCCACCUCCAAGAGGGAUUGGUGCUCCACCUCCACCACAACCUCCACCUCCUCCACCACCACCUCCAAGAGGGAUUGGUGCUCCACCUCCGCCACCACCUCCAAGAGGGAUUGGUGCUCCACCUCCACCACAACCUCCACCUCCUCCACCACCACCUCCAAGAGGGAUUGGUGCUCCACCUCCGCCACCACCUCCACCUCCUCCACCACCACCUCCUAG